CUGGUUCUCUCAAGAUCAUGUUCACGCUCAGUCGUGUAUUGGUUUUGAUGUCAAAUAGUUGGUGCGAAAAAUUUUUCCGUAUAAUCUCUUAGCUUGUGAAAUAUACAUAUAUGUGGAAUAUGUUGUGAUUUUAAUAAUUAUUAUACAUCUAUAAUUGCAGACAAUUUCCAGUAAAUAAGAACAUAAAGAGCUACAGAAUUGAUGUGAUAACAAAGAGACUGUAACAUAUAUUGAAAGCUCACAUUAAAGAUGAGUUUCCAUAGGUCGAAAAAUACGGAAAAUAAAGCAAUGUUACACCUCCUAACUGCUAUUGUUGUAUUGUUAAAUGUACAAAGCAAUAAUGCUAAUCAAAAUCCUUUUCGUGAUCCAAGUAUUUGUGGAAGACCCCAGUGUGAAACGACUCUAAGAAAAUUUAAUUUUCGUGACAAUUUAUACAAAUACGAAUACAGUGUAGACUUAAAUACAGAAUUUUCCGGUACAGGCAAUAAUGCGUCCAACCUUUUUUUAAAAGCAGCAGUUAACAUAUUUUUUCCAAAACCUUGUGACGGAUUUUUAUUAAUCAGAGAUGUUAAGCUUUGGGAUCAUAAAGAUUUACAAAAAGAUAAUGAAUUGAGCAUUAACGCUCACAGGAAUAGCCAAAAUUCAGAUGAAGAUGAUUAUUAUGGGGAUUUUACAGACUCAAGUGAUAGUGAACCCAUUGAUGAUUUCACUAACAUCCACCCAAAAAGUCUUGAGUUGGCAAAUGAUUUAAAGAAAUAUUCGCUACGUUUCUCUUUUAACGAUGGACUCAUUUCGGAAAUAUGUCCUAAUUUCCAGGAAUCAAUUUGGGCUCUAAACUUUAAGAAAGGCAUACUCUCUACGUUUCAAAAUACAAUGAUGCGGUUUGAUGUCGAUUUCAAUACAACAGAAGUCGAUACGUCAGGAGAAUGCAACGUGAAAUAUACAUUAGAAGAUGUUAAUAAUGUUUUUAUUAAAAUACGUAAAUCGAAAAACAUGUCUACCUGUCGAAAGCGCUAUUCAACCAAUUCUAUACUACAGUCUACUCCAUACAGCUUCCGUGAUGAUAAAGCUAUAUGGCCAAUAAUUCACUCUACCAGUUAUUGUGAUAUGAUAAUUAACAAUAAUAUGUAUGAAGAAAUCAUAUGCCGUGAACAGCAUCAAUUAAUUAUUUUUUCAAACAAUCACACUGGUGCUAUUACUAAAGUCGAAUCUCGGCUUGUACUGCAAGGGGAAGAAAACUACAACAGAGGAGAUUUUUUAAAUGAGCAUGAUAAGAUUGUGGAACGACGUUCAACGCUUCUUUUUGACCACACUCCUUCUACAAAGCCAACACAUACUGAUAUUAAAUUAGCACGGGAUCUCCUUAAGGAAAUAUGUUUUCUUGGAUUCCCAUAUAUAAAACGAGAUUUUUUAAAUGUCUUCACCAAUUUCCUAUAUACAAUUAAGCAACUUGACUAUGAGGCUUUGACUCAGCUUCUUGCACGCUCUUCGAGUAUCUGUGAGAAAGGAAAGAGUCAUGUUAUUGAUGCUUUACCUUAUAUUGGAAGCUCUGCAUCAUAUCAGCUCAUGCGAGACCAACUUCUUACUAAUAAUUUAUCUAAAAAGGUGGCUUUAAGCUGGCUUAAGUCCCUUUCAUUUAUUCAACGUCCCGAUGAAGACACAAUUGAAACAAUUUACACACUUCUUGAAUUUUCACGUAUCAAAGAUGAACCUGAAUAUACAUUAUGUACAACAGCUGUUAUACGAAGCUAUUGCUUAUAUAAUACUGAUUGUAAGCAAAAUUUGCGUGUGAAAUUGAUCACUAAUUCACUUGAAACAGAAUUUGUGAAGAGUUAUAAUUCAUUUCGAGGGGAAAGGCGAUUAUAUGAACGGCUGAUUAUUAUAAUGAAAGGCCUUGGAAAUAUCGGCGUUUUAUCAGAACAAUUUAUUGCACAACUGCAGAAAAUAAUAUUUGAUGAGAAUGCAUUGAUGGAUCUUCGCUUAGAAUCAGUCUAUAUAUUUAGACGAGCUGAUUGUGUUUCAUAUCGUCAAUUUUUUUUGAAUAUCUACACAAACUUUAAAGUUAAUUCCGAAAUACGAAUGGCAUCCUAUUUGCAAGUAAUGAUUUGUCCUGACUACCAUGCUAUCAAAAAAAUAAAACACACUUUAAAAAUUGAAGAAAUUAAUCAAGUUGGUUCAUUUGUUUGGUCCCAUCUGAAGAAUCUAGCAAAGUCAUCAUCUCCCUUAAAUAUAGCAGUACAGAGUUUGUUACUUGAUGAUGAUAUUUCUAAUAAAUACGAAUUAGAUAUGCGAAAAUUUUCUCGCAAUUAUCAGCAAAAUUUAUUUUUCGACGAAUUUAACUUCGGUAGUACUAUAGAUUUAAAUGUAAUUUUUGGUACGGAGUCAUCCCUUCCUCGUAUGAUGACGUUUAACUUUACUUCUAACCUUUUCGGACAUUCAAUAAAUUUUUUGGAGCUUACUACAAGGAGCGAGGGUUUUGAUGAAUUAAUCAGCUCGUUUAUUAUUCCAGAGGAUUGGUUUAAUGCGGAAAGUAUAUUAAAACAUAAAGGAUUAAAAGAUAUUCUGGAUAUAUUUAGAACAUGGAUUGGCAGUUUAAGAAAAGAUAAUUCCGAUAGGGGCACAAAUAAUUCAAUCAAAAGUAACUUUCAUUUGAUUAAUCAAAGGUCUCAAAAGGAAAGAAUGCUUAAAAAUUCGACUUUGCGUAAUGACUUUUGUGGAAAUACGGAGUGUCUGCGGAAACAAUCAAACUCAAUUAAUGAUGUAAUUAAUUACAGAAGAGAUUUACAAAAAGGCAUCGAAAAUAUGGGAUAUAAGCUUAAAUAUGAUUACAACAACCCUAAAGUAAAGUUUGGAAUGCGCAUUUUUGGAAAUGAUUUGCAUUACUACUCAUUAAAUGGGAUUCCUGAAUUCGCAAAGCUAGCCAAAGAAUUUAAUAUUUUCGAAAAGAUUUCAGAAAUUCUUUCUGGUAAAGAAAUUACUUAUACAAAAUCAAACAUAUUCCUCGAAGCUUCUCACAUUGCUCCACUAAUGAUUGGCGUACCAUUAUCAAUAGAUUUAUUUGGUGCUUCUUCAAUUGACUUACGUAUAUCAGGAAAUAUAAAUCAACUAACACCUACUGCUUCAGAAUGGAACUUCGAUAUAAAAGGAAUGUUCAAGCCAACAUUAUUAGUUGAUUUAGUAGGAACAAUGAAAUCAGAUAUGUUUUAUGCACAAUCGGGAAUUAAGGUGAAAAGUACUUUUUAUUCUAACAUGGAUGUUGAAGCUGAUCUUACCGUUCAUGGUAAAAACUUAGUUUCGUUCUCAUUUAGCCUACCACAAAAUACUAGUGAAGUGUUAAGUGUCCAAUCUGAGUUGAUCAAAAUGACGCAUAGUAAAGAUGAACCACAGACUGGUGUUGAGAGCCGUAGGUCCAAUAGUACUUGCACAUGGUCUUUAUUGGAAACUACAUUUGGCUUGAAAAUGUGUAUUGACUACAGCGUUCCAAAUUUAAAUAAUUCAAAGCAAGCUCUCUAUCCUGAACUUAUUCUGAGCGGCCCAUUGAACUUCAGCGUAGUGCUAUCAAAAUCUGAUCCGACAACAAAAAAAUGGACUUUCGAGUUAACAUCGAAUAAACAGGAAAACAACUCAAAAUGGGCAUUUAUAUUUCAUACGCCCGGAUCCUCAUAUGAGCGUUCUAUAUUAGCUAAUGUUAGCACAUUCCCAGAAUCUUUUAAUUCAUCAGUUGUUUUUACACAUGGACUUAAUAAAGCAGCAGUCAUAUGCCAAUACGUAGGAGGUACGAAUUACAAACGAUUCGAAUUUUUAUUGCAUAUGAAUAACGCCCGUAGUCUUGACUUAAAUAUGGAACUCCAACGGUUGCAAGAACGAAAUGUAUGGAUUUACAAGCCGAAAAUGUUAUUGGCCGUGAAUGGUGUUAACAUAACAGGAGCUUUGGGAACAAUGCGUAUCAAUGACAAAAAUGGAAUAACACAAAGUGAUAUAGACUUUUCUUUUGAGACUCGCAAAUUGCAAAUGCUCAUGCGCGGUGUAUUGAUGCAGAGUGAAGUUACAAAAUCAGCAAAUAUCAGCGUAAACUAUAGGUUUCAAACAAAUAAAAUAGAGAGUAUUUACUUAGAAGGACGUCUAGUAAAUUCCGGGGACAAAUCCAAGGUGGAAUAUAAUGGAAAUUUAAAGCUUAGAGCUUCGGCUCAUCCAAAAUUAAAUUUUGCAUCAAAUGCAACUUGGCGAUCGUUGCAGGGCCACACCGAAGGUAUUUUAACUUACAACAAUGCAAAAGACUUAAAAGAUCCAAACUCCACCAGCAUUUGGCAUUUAAUACUGUCGCGAUCCUAUUCCGAAGAUAAUAUUUGGGAAGGUUCUCGUUCGUAUGUCAGUUUCAACGUCAAGAUUCCACGCUCUAAGGUCAACUUUAAAUUAUAUCUCAAACACGAGGAGCGAUAUAAAAAUGGCACGGAACACAAUGUUUUGGCUGAAAUUCAUUUAAGUCCAGAAAAAGAGGCUUUGGUUUUAUUUUCUGUUUCAAUUCCACAGCGUGAGCUGCUUACAUUCGAUACAUCUUUUAAUGUCAGUGUUUCGAAGUUCAACUCAUGUUCUGGACGGCUAAAAUUUAUAGAAAAUAGUCCUAAAACUUACAUGAUUAAUGUAAAUGGUGUUUGGUUCACAGAAGACUACAUUAUAAUUAAAGCUAACUACAAAGAUCGAAAUCACCGGUUGCAAGCGCUAAAAAUGAUCAUAGAAAGCGGUAGCUUUGAAAUUACAACAUUAAAUGCUGUAUAUCGAAGAACCCAAACAUUCAUCUAUAGUAAUUUUAAUCUAAAAUAUGGUGACGACCCAUAUAAUUUUGCUAUGCAACUUAAUUCUCAACCCGACGAAGUUAAACCAACUAUAUGUGAAGUACAUAUAAAUUUAAAGGAAAAAAAGUACUGGCUUAAUUCCAGUUUGGUUGUGAAACAUCCUCAAAUGUGGCAGGUGGAAAUCCAUUUAGACAAAUUACGCGAUAUUUGCAUAAAAUCAAGCGCACUGUAUUUAGAUAAACAAAAGGAAGUUUCGUUUGAAAUAAACUGGGACAUGAAUCGUGAUCCUUCGCGACGGCUACUACUUUUAGCAGACUAUAAAAUUCCUUCCAUGAGUGCGCGUAAUGGCCAAAUCGUAGUUACUUAUCCUGACCGAACAAUAACCUGCCGUUUUAAAGCACAUAGUCAGUUAUCCGAAUAUUAUGGAGAAGUUUAUACAUCGUGGGAUAUCAACGAAGCUAUUAUCUUAAAAUAUAGUCUCGGUCUCAUGUCUGAACAAAAGAAAAGUAAUUGGCUUCGUGCUGAGGUUCACACUCCUUUCAAUGGAUGGAAUGUAAAUAGUUUUGAUGCAAAUUUAUACAGUUUUGGAAGUUUGGUAUUAGCCAAUACAUCGUUAAUGUGGGGUGGAAACGAGUAUAUUGAACUUUUUUACAAAUAUGACGUAAACUUUCUAGAAAUUCUGAAAAGUAUUGACAUAAUUUUUGGUGUGAAUAGCUCGCUUGUAGAAGUACCAUCGUUAAAUUUGAAAAUAAACCAUUUGCACGAUUUAAGUAAAAUACAUACAAAUUUAAGCUUGCGUUAUAAUAACGUAAAUGAAACUAUAAAAACAUAUUGUUGGAAUUCAAAAUGGGAGUUAAGAAAAAGUCUUCACUACGAAAACAUCAGUGGCACAAUUUUCAUACUCAGUCCUCAUAAAGAGUUUUGGAAAGGCGGUUUAGUUACAAAAUUAAGCCUUAAUAACAACAGAAAUUUAAUUGGAGCAGCUUCAAUAACCUAUAACUUGAAGGAAAUAUCUUUAACUUUGAAUGGCUAUGUAAAUAAGUUCAAUGAUAAUAUGAUCUCAAUUAAUAUCACAACUCCAUUAAACGAACUCCGCAAUAUUAGAGGCCGGUUCGGAAUAAUAGAAAAGAAACGUAAUGUUGUUGCCGAAAUUCGAACGCCAUCCACAACUUUUGGGUUUGAGAUACUACUUGAUAUUCUAUCUCUCGCUGAUUUUGAUGUCAAGUUUAGUAUAGCAACACCUAUUGAUGAUUUAAAGCACGCCGCCCUAUACGCGAAACUUAAAAAAGAUGCUAUGGAUAUGCGAGGUAUAUGGAAUAAUGUUACAGUUGGUGUCACCGGAGUUUCCUACAUGAACGAUUAUACAGAUUUUGAAUAUUCCUGCAAGAUAUACACUCCUUUUAAAGACUUUGAAGAAAAUGGCUUUAUCGUGAAGUUUUUAAAAAAGGAUUUGUUUGCGCUAUAUAUACAUUCUAGAUUUUCACGUUAUGUUUGUGGAAUAGAAAUAAAUGGAAAACCUAAGUCGUUUGUAUUAAAAGAAUUAGGUAAUGAAAUAGUUAAUCUAGAAGCAAGAUUUGAUAAGGAUUUCAAUCCCCCGAAAAUUGACCAAAAAGAAUAUAGUAAUAUAGAAGAUUUCGAAUACGAAGAGUUUUUCUCCUACAACAUGGAUUUCAUCGCCGAUUUACUAUUCUGGCCUACCAUUGAAGGCAUUAUGGAUAUUGAAGAAGUAUUAGACUAUUAUUUUAUCACAACGAACAUUAAACUUCCACAAGGCUAUGUGGAUAUAAAAAAUAAUCUAUAUUUCCCUGAUUAUUUAAAUUUAAUUAAUGUAUUGAGUUUAGAAACACCAUUUGAAAGUAUGGAAAAAGUGAAAUUAAUUACAGAACAUAAGGUUGACAUAGACUUCCGGCAAUUACACGAAAAAUUAUACUGCAUCCACACAGCUGGAAAUUUAUCGAAUGAAGUUGGUUUUGAAGUUAAUUACGAUGAUAUCACAGAUGCCAUAAAGCCCCAUGAACAUAAUUUAAACAUAAAUUUGGCAUUACCAUCGAAAAACUACGUAAAAAUUACCGGAAACAUGCAUUUAGAUGAAAGUAUGUUCAAGGGUAAUUUAACAACGACAGCGGGCAACACAUGUAUUUUGCUUACAACAGCUAUCGUGACUGAGGAAAAUUUCUUAGAAGCUUCCAUUGACUUUUCAUUAGAGGAAAGCAAGAGUAUCCAGUACAAAGGAGUUGGCUACUUUAAACAAGAUUUUUCUAUAGAAGAUAACACAUUUGAUAUAAAAAUAGAAAUAAUGAAUCAAACUGAUAUGAUCAUGUUUCAAAUCGAGUCUACGUGGCAAUCUGAGAAUGGGAGUGACGAAAUAACGUCUAAUGGCAAAUUCAUAAAUACGUUAUUACCCUUUAAAUUAUUUGAAUACACAUUUCUACUAAAUAAAGGACCAAAACCCCAACUUAAUUUUGAUUUAGCACUGUCGAAUCAAAAUGGAAACAAUCUUAAUUUUGGGAUGCGAGCAAUAAAAAAAGACGAGAUUAUCAAUGCGGAGUUAUGGACGCCAAUGCAAAGAUUCAAAAAUAUCUCUAUCCAUGGUACUGUGACUCCCGUUUAUCCAAACCAAUACCAAAUUGAAGGAGUAUUAUAUCGUGAUAUGGUAACUUAUAAAAUAAAUGGUAUGGUUCAGAUGGAAGGACAGUUGCCAUCAAAAACACGAUUGCAAACACUUUCAUUGGAUAACAAUAGCGAGGGCCUUAUUGAGUUAAAUCUUUUAAAACGAAAAGAAAACGCAAAUGACCUAUCUUUUCAGCUCAAUGUUAUUGAAAAUGGAAAAAGAUGUAAAAUUUCUGGCAACUACUCAUACCAGAAUCAAACUGGCCUUGAAUUAUCUGCAUUUAUUGAGUCAACGGAAGCUAUAAUAGAGCGAAUUUUCAUUCAGACUAUCUUGCAAUAUCCAGAAAAUGAUUGUAUUACAGCUAAGUUAAAUCUAGAAUCGCCUUGGCAUGAUAUGGGUCUUGAAAGAAUACAACUUUGGUUUGAUAUAAAGAGACGGUUGGACAAUGGGAAAAUUAGAGGAGGUUAUCAGUCCGGUUGUCAUAGGGGAUAUGGCAACUGUGAGUGGACUUGGCAACCUAAGGAGGAUAUGCGUCUCUUAAUUGAGAGCAACAUUCAACAACCAAGUGCUAAUACAAGUCAUUUAUUUUCCGAGAUAAAAUACAUAAACCCUAAUAAAACAUUCAACAAUUUAAUAGUUUCCGGAAAAUUAAAUCUCAAUUCGAUAUGGUAUCUCGAAGUAAAUGGAAAUCUAAAUUUUGAAUCUAUUAAUGAUAUUGGAUUUGGACUAUUAACACACUGGCCUAUGGCAGUUAAUGGCGUUCACGAUAUUAGUGGACGAUAUCGAGGAAAUAUAGCUAGCCACAAGGGAAAAGGUUUAGACGUAACUAUUGAGGGGAAAUACUUUGCUAAACUAACCAAUAUGAGCUGUAUAACACGUUUAUCAUAUAAAAAUUUAACAGACCUACAUAGUGUAGGCAAUUUUGAGUGGGGUAUUGUUGGUAGUACCAAAUUAGUCCAGGCAGACUUCCAAAUGUUGAGAAAAGAGAAAACGCAUCGUGAAUUUUUAGCUACAGUAAUCACACCAAAAUUUGAAAAUGGAGCUACUGUAUAUUUCAUGGGUUCGUAUAAUCGUGUUAAAGGCAGCUAUCACAAUUUAAAUUUGUCUCUUAACUACCCAUACACCAGAAGGGUUGCCAAUAUGGAUAUAUCUCUACAGUCGAUUGAAAACCUAAAUGGUCAAGUGAAUUUCACCACGCCUUUCUUGAAAGCACCCUGGCUCAAUACGUUUUUCAAUCUCAGCACAAAUGGAGGAUACUGCCAAGGUUUUUGUAGAGUUGAUUGGCCAACAGAUUUUCUUUUCUUGAAAUUACAUAAUUUACGCACACAACAUGACUUAAGUAAUAUAUUCGAAGGAAAUGUUGCAUUGGAGGUACCAUUAACCACACGCCAUCUCGCUGGAAUUAAAUAUAGGCUUAUUCAAAACCCGCAAAAUGAAAACGGCAUUCUCAAUAUUUUUUAUAAUGAAAAAAAUGUUCUUAAUGGUACAUAUAAACGCUCAGAGCAAAACUUGACUAGAUUUAAGGAAAUAACUGAGAUUUUUUUGGAAAAUGAUGUCAAACCAAUAGGUAUUCAUUUUUCAAACAGUUCUGGAUGGCGCAAAGAAAAUGGUUUUUUAAAUAUAAAACGUCUAGAAAUUUUUGAUUUGCGCAACUCAAAAAAAAGUAACGUAACAUGCGAACUACACGAAUUUACAUCAGGAAACGACAAAAAAACUAAACUUUUAGCUAUCCAUCCAAAUCGUACAAUAAUUUUAACGACUAACUCUGCAAAAUCUUCGAAAUAUAAGAUCAAUCAUCAAAGUAAACUAGAACUGUCUAAAACAGCUUGGAUCGGAUAUAAUCUAGUAAUUGGAAAUAAGGAUGAAAAAAGCCGUCGGCAGUUUUUGGCAGAAUUAUCAUAUCCCACACGUAACUUAGUAGUAAAUGGUAGCUACUUAACAACAAUAAAUUCAUUAAAUUCAAAUGUGUCAUUCGCAUGGUCUGGCGAUGACAAUAGGGGCAAUAAAGUAGUGCACACACGACUUAUGUGGCAAAGUGAUUCAUUAGGACUAGACGAUCGCGACAACCAAACACUAACUUUAAAUAUAGGUCAUGAUCUUUUGGAAACGGAUUUAACAAUUACGGCCAAUUUUUAUCGUGGAAUUAAAGAUCUAAUAAAGUUCAAAAUGUUUGUAAUAUAUUCUCACGAUUUAGACCAUUUGAUCGAAAUCACUACAGCACUAACUGAUUUAAGUUAUGAUGCUGGAUCCACAAAGUACAUUCUUCAGUUUAUAGCAUAUCAUAAAGCAUCUGAAUUAGAUGUCAAAUUUAAUGCAUCUGCUACGAAGCGACCGUAUUACCUCAAAAUAGAAACAAAUUCUUUUUAUACCAGAGACUAUUUUGCUAAAAAAAUUGGACGAUUCCUGGUAUUCGUUGAUCUAAACAAUAAGGAGGUUGAAUAUAUGAGAAAAUCACCAUAUAGAACAAUACGCGUAUGGCUGCAACCGCAUUUGAAUUAUCCGGUUUAUGGACUGAACGUUACAUUGUUCAAUACGCCAGAAGAAUAUACUUCUGGAUUUGUUUAUGUAAACAUUGGUGAUAAAUAUACAGAAAUGUAUUUUAAUUUAACUGAAGAUGGAAGUCAAAAUCUCCGUAUGUUUGGUAAUGUUCCAAACUCACGUUAUGCUUACGUUGACAUUUGGCGUAAUUACGAAGAUUUAAGUAUUGUUGAUGUAACUACCUAUAUAAAAUUAAACCACUCCCGUCAAAUAAGUGGGUGUUUACAUUGGCGCCCUCAGAUCAAACAGGAACUAAAAGGCAAAAUGUAUACCAUUAAAGAAGCUAUACUAAAUUCGAUUACUGAACACAUUGACUUUUGGACAAAGUCACUUUAUGUAGAAACAUUAUCUGCGGUUUCAGUUGUUUGGGAAACAUCAAAAAAGUACAAUAAAGAUUUCAUUGAAGAUCUAAGUCAACUUAGUAUUUUAGAAGAAGAUCUAGAAGAUCUGCGACUUUAUCUAAAUAAUUCAUAUGAAGCAAAUGAUUUUUAUAUGAAAUCACUUGUAAACUAUACACUUACUAUACUUGACGAAAUAGCCUUACGCGAACACAUGAACUCUUUACCGGCUAUAUUUAGCGAAAUCCGGCAAAUAUUAGGAGAAUCUGUAAAAGCAUUGCGAAAAAGCAUAACUCAGUUAAUAGACAUGCUUAAAACUAUGUACGACAAUAUUAUACAAGCUGUUAGCACAUUCUUCCAUGGGCAACCAUUGAAAUACUUAACAACUUUCAUGGAGAAAGGCUUUGAAAAGUAUGAAAACUUUGUCAAAGAAGUUCAUAUAUCUUUUAUUAACCAUCUAGAGACUAUGUGGAGUAAUUUCUCUAAUAUAAUUUCUACGUACCUAAGAGGAGUUCUUACAAAACUUGAACCGCAUAUAUUCAAAGCAAUUAGUUACCUAGAAAAAAUUGCUUGGGAUUUGAGCAAAGAUAUAUUUAAUUACAUCAACGAGAGGACGAAUGAAUUGGCAGAGUCAACAUAUUUUAAUCAAGUUUCAAGUUUUACACAAGAUUUAGAGAAUUUGUAUAUGGAUAUAAAAACGCAUGAUGCUAUUGCAAAUAUGAAAAAAUAUGUUGGUAUUGCUUGGAAAUUCAUAAAGGAGAAAUAUCACAAGCUUAUACCCUUUGGGUCGGAAUUAAAUGAAAUAAUUCAAGAAAUUUACCAAGAAAUUAAAGAGUUGGAAAAAGUAAAACAGGUACAGAUUGUCCUUAAAAAAUUUAAAGAAGUAUCCGCAGAAGUAGAAUUAUUUGUCGAAGAAAUAAAAUUAAAAGCACAUAUCCAUAAUUUAUACCUUCUGUUUCGUAACAAACUACGAACCUACGGGUCAAACGCUUUAGAAAUAGCGAACAUGUAUCGUGAGGCAAAAACUAAAUUCGCAUUCGACCCAGAGAAGGGUGCAAUCGAUUUUGAACAAAAGUUGCCAAUAUCAUGGCACACAUUUAAUGAAACUCCAAAGUUCAAGGAAAUACCCGAAUAUAAAUUUAUAACACAAUUACAAAACACGUUAACUACAAACACCUCGAUAUUGGGACAUAUCUACGAUUUGCGUUCAUAUUUGAAAGUAAAAACUUGGUUUCAACCAUAUUACUCUCGAGCAUAUUUGAUAGACUCAAUGUUCUAUAUAACACAUGACAAACGUUUUGUCAAUCUGAAAUCGCAAUACACCAAUUCCAGUUAUAUUUUAUCGCAUGAUUUUUGGAACAACACUUUUACUCUCACUAUGGAUUUGACGACUAUUACACAGGAUAAUAUUGAAAUUCCUAUGGCUACAAUCAAUCUUCUUGCUAAAGGUCAUUUAUUCGAAAUUAAUCCCAAAACCGAUACACUUAUAAUUGAUGGAAUGUCAAAUCCUAUACUACCUAUUGCAAUCGAAGAUUUGAACGUAUAUAGAGACUCGGAUAUACUUAUAAUGAAGUGUGAUGCUGGGUUUAAAAUUGAGUGCAAUAUGAAAUUCAAUUUGUGUUGGCUCGAGCUUAGUGGACGCUAUUUUGGUCAAACUGCUGGAUUACUAGGCACAAUGAAUAAUGAACCUUUUGAUGAUUUUAUUACUCCCUCUAACAUAAUUGGAGAAUCGAAUGACGUUUUUACUGAAGCUUGGAGUAUAAAUCGUUGUAAUAAAAUAUCCAUCAAUCAGUCAAAUGAUUCAAGUACAGAAUUUGCCGAAAUAUGUCACCAACUAUUUGCGCCUUUAAGUCAUUGUUCAAGCGUUAUGGAUGUGGAGCCUUUUUUAAAUAUAUGUAUGGAUUUGGGUUAUAUGAAUCGGAAAAAUCCUAAAUAUUCAAACCUUAGGGGUCCCUGUACAGCAGCAUUAGCUUAUAUUGAAAUAUGCCAAAAUGCUAAAUUACCAAUGCGUGUUCCUCAACAGUGCGUAAUGUGCGAACUUAAUAAUGGUAAAUUUGUUCCUGAAAGCACAUUUGUUGAAUACAGUAUAAAUAAUGAGUCUCGUAGCAGCGAUAUAGUCUUCCUAGUUGAAUCAAAUGUUUGCAAUACGUUUAGCUUGGAGAACCAAUCCAUCGACUCUAUAGUUUCAGCUCUCGAGGAACAGCUGCAGAGCCAGAGAUUAAUUGACACCAGAUAUGCCGUCAUAGCGUUUGGUUCGCAACUACCUCCCUUUGAUUAUCCUCGAGCUAUUUCUAAAAACAAUGAUGUUUUUAUUAAUAGUAUUAAUAUACUACGUCAAUAUCUACAGCAUACCACAACUUUUUCAAAAUCUUCUGACGGGUUUAUUGCAAAAAGUGAUAUAAUGCAUGCCAUCUCCACAGCUUCCAGAUUAAAUUUCCGUACGGGAGUUUCAAAAAUAUUUAUAGUAGUAUCUUCAUGUCAAUGUGAUAUGACACAAAUGCGAUUUGAUUAUUCCUCCAUAUUGCAAUAUAUGAUAGACGAGGGGGUUGCUUUACAUAUUCUGACUAACGCAGAUUUUAAUUUUGAAAAACCGCGCAAAAUACGCCAUUUUUUUGGCUUUGAUAAACAGUUUGUUUAUUCGAAUCGCAGUCCUGAAGGCAAUAGCGAAAUACGUCAUACACUUCGUGUUUCUAAUAGCACCAUCGGAGUAUGUGUACAAUUAGCUUUAGAAACUGAGGGGUCAGUUUUUAUUGUUAAACGAAAAAUGCCAAUUAAGAGAUUAUCAACUAUUUUUGCUAAACGUGUAGUACAAAGUGCUAUAUCCAACCGCAAUCAAACUUGUGAAUGCACUGGACAUAAUACUGGUUUGGCUUAUAUGGUAUGCACAACAAAGAAACUAUCCAAUAAAAUAUCAAAUUACGAACAAAACGAUUCCGAUUUCUCUGAUUGGGACUGGGAUUUUGAAGAUUAUAUUGUGGAGUAAAAUUUAAUACAUAUAUGUCCACAUUAAAAUUAAAAUAUUAGUAAUAAAAUAAAUUAAAAACAAAAUUAUGUUUAAAUUAUGAUAUUAUUAUAGUUACAUCCAUUAGUCAAUAAUAAAACAUUAGAUAUACGACGAUAGCUAAAA